AUGAGGAGCUCCUCCAGCGGUGACGUCAGUUUCCUGCAACAAUUAGAAUCGACCAAUGGCAAGAAAGCUGGUCACGUUGUUCGACCAAUAGGAAGAAGCGAGGUCUAUUUGAACAGUGAGGAGCGCGCUCGCGUUUAUUCGAGAGGGAAACAAAGACACGGAGAGCUCCUCGGCAGUGCUGGACAGAAAAAGCGGAAUAAGUGCUCUUUUUUCUUAACAGGGUAUCUUGACACUCAUCUAAGGUAACUUAAAGAGCUCAGUUAAACCCCAACUGAAUCUUAUUUGCUGUUUGCACCGUCGUUAAAUGUUAUAUUAACGCUGUUUUAUGCUAGUUCGUGUAACAUUAGCUAAGCUAGGGCUAACCAGGCAAUGCUACCUCGAUUAGCUGUCGCGUUUCCCACAGUUAUAUUACGCUUAUUUCAAUGUUUUUGGCUCUAUAUGUUGACUAACUACCAUGACCUCCCUGCCAGGUUUCCACGAUGUCUCACAAACAGAUCUACUACUCUGAUAAAUACGACGAUGACAAGUACGAAUACAGGUAUGCGUUGUGUUAAAAUCACAGUGUCACCUUUAAGACAUCUUCACCACGUUUUUAUUGAGCAUACAUCUCUAGAUACUGAUCAACAUACAGUUCGUCUGUCUUUUUGUGCACAGCUUUCAUUGUCUAUUUAACCUGUUGUACGUUUCCAGACAUGUUAUGCUGCCUAAAGAUAUUGCAAAGCGUGUACCCAAGACCCAUUUGA